AUGUUCAAUCUCCUUUUGGUCGCCUUCCUUGGGCCCAAAAGCUCUGAACUCGGCUCCAUCGGUCUCGGAAUGGCUAGACCAGAUCAAUGCCCGAUCAAGGCUCUUGCUCGUGUUGCCACCGUUUGUGGAGAUUACUCCCUAAACUGGCUGUUGACUUUGCUUAGUGGCGUGCUCGCCCGUAGCCAGAUCAGACAACUCAUCUGCCAAGCAUUGAAGGAAGACAAGGGGCGUCUCGGGGUGCAUUCAGGUGGAGGCCGUGGUCCUCCGCAGCGAAGAGUCUCACUGGGGCUUUGCUUCUUCCCAGGAGCUUGGUGCGAUAUGUGGGCGCCCUUCCGAAGAGAAGCUGUCACGGUGUACGAGCAACCCCCGGCGUUCCCCAAAGAGCGUGUUCCCGGCCGGACAACGGACGCCAGCAUGGGUGAACAGGGGGGGGGGGGGGGGGGGGGGGGGGUGUUCCGUGAUAUGAUUGCAAUGCCAUGA